CUAUUAAAACGACUGGAAAAGGUAAUAAAGUUGGCCACCAGGAGGUAGCGAACAGUAGGGUGAGGGGUUCAAAUAGAAGAUGAGAGUCUUCAAAUAGUCAGAGUUGAUGAAUGAAUCAACCUGUCCGGAUAACUUGCCUGAACCAAAGCAAUUUUUCCCUGCCAGACGUUCUGAUCCAGUGAUGAGAUAAUUCAAACUGGGGUGUGGCAAGUCCCGAUCAAGACCAGUUAGUCCUAACGGUGCAGGUAGAAAUAAUAGCUGCAUGGACAAGUCAGUUGACAAACAGCAAGCUGUGAAGAACAUGGUUCCUCAGUUUCCUGCUGCCGAUUCCCAGCAGCGUUCUUCAUCAUCUUCUGCGUCUUCAGGUGGACGCAACAAAGUUGCUCUGAAGGAAUGCCGAUCCUUAAUGGACUGGAUACGCUUAUCGCGAAGUGGUGAAGACCUUACUGGAAUCGGGGGAAAGGUAAUUGAUGUCACCCCAGAAGAACUGAGGAAACACAAUACUGAGAAUGAUGCCUGGAUGGCUAUAAGAGAUUAGCGAGAUUACAAAGAUACGGCGACCAACAUAUACAUCCAUUUUAGUGGGGUUAGAGGUUUUGUAGGCAUUGAAUUUGCUGCCUGUUACAAAGAUAAAUCAAGAAGGCUGAGGGUGUCUUGGCAUCACUCACCAAAUCCUUUGUGAGCCGCUCUC